GGUCUGCUGGGGGGCUGCUCCCCUCCCCCGCCGGCUGGCCGGCGCCGGGCGCUCCAAUGAGAGCGGCUGCCUCUCCCUGCCUCGCGGAGCCCGGCGGCGCCGGCCCUGCGUGUGCGAGUCCGGCCAGCAGGCGAGGAUGAUGCCGGCUCUGGCCGCCCAGAGGCGGGGGUGGCGCUGCCUUUACCGGUUGUACCUGCGGUGCCAGGCGGCGCAGCUCAGCCGGGUCUGCCACGGAUGGCAAGGCUCGAUGAAAUGCGGAAGUCUCUCUCGCAUACUGCCAUGCAGUCGUCUAGCAGUCCAAUCACUGAGUCAAGUGAGAGUUUACACUUCUGAUGGUCAGAAAAAAGGCCCUGUACCAGGCCCUGAAGGAGCUGUGCACAAAGCUGGAACAGCACGGGAUACCAGCAGUGCAGGCCAAAAACCACUUUUAUUGCAAGAGCCAAUCCAAAUAAAAGUUAAAGCAGUUCUUAAAAAGAGAGAAUAUGGACCAAAAUACACGCAAAAUAAUUUCAUCACUGGUGUCAGAGCAAUAAAUGAGUUCUGUCUUAAAUCCAGUGAUCUAGAACAGCUGAGGAAAAUCAGACGACGAAGUCCCCAUGAUGACACUGAGGCUUUCACUGUAUUUUUGAGAUCAGAUGUAGAGGCAAAAUCUCUAGAAGUUUGGGGAAGCCCGGAGGCUCUUGCUAAAGAGAGAAAACGACGUAAAGAAGCAGAGAUAGAAUACAGAGAAAAUCUAUUUAGAAACCAAAAGCUAUUAAAGGAGUACAAAGAUUUUCUUGGGGAUACUAAGCCACGCUCCAGCACAGGUGCUAUGUUGCUCAAAGGACCAGGAAAGGUGGUGAUGGUUGCUAUUUGCAUAAAUGGGUUGAAUUUUUUCUUUAAACUACUCGCAUGGGUUUACACGGGUUCUGCAAGCAUGUUUUCAGAAGCUAUACAUUCUUUAGCAGACACUUGCAAUCAGGCUUUGCUAGCAUUGGGCAUCAGUCAGUCUGCAAGGACACCAGAUCCUAGUCAUCCGUAUGGCUUCACAAAUAUGCGCUAUAUUGCCUCCCUAAUUAGUGGGGUUGGCAUUUUCAUGAUGGGUGCCGGACUUUCCUGGUAUCAUGGAAUCAUAGGCUUACUUCAUCCUCAGCCCAUGGAAUCUCUUCUUUGGGCUUAUUGUAUCUUAGCAGGAUCACUGGUGUCUGAAGGAGCUACACUUCUUGUUGCUAUAAAUGAAAUUCGAAGGAGUGCCCAGGCCAAGGGUCUGUCAUUUUAUCAAUAUGUCAGACAGAGUCGUGAUCCCAGUACAAAUGUGGUGUUGUUGGAGGACGCUGCAGCAGUUUUGGGUGUGACGUUAGCUGCUACUUGCAUGGGUCUGACUUCUUUAACAGGCAACCCUUACUAUGAUAGCCUGGGAUCUCUAGGUGUGGGAACUUUGUUGGGAGCUGUAUCAGCUUUUCUCAUCUACACCAACACGGAAGCAUUGCUGGGACGAUCCAUUAAUCCUGAGCAAUUACAGCGACUUACUGAGUUACUGGAGAGUGACCCUGUCGUUAGAGCAAUUCAUGAUGUUAAAGCCACAGACAUGGGAUUGAGCAAAGUGAGAUUCAAGGCAGAAGUAGACUUUGAUGGACGGGUUGUGACUCGUUCUUACCUGGAAAAGCAAGACAUUGAACAGCUGCUACAAGAAAUUCAGCAGGUGAAAACUCUUGAGGAAUUAGAAGCCUUCAUGCUUAAACAUGGAGAGAAUAUCAUUGACACACUGGGAGCUGAAGUAGACCGGCUUGAAAAGGAGCUAAAGCAACGCAAUCCUGAUGUUCGACAUGUAGAUUUGGAAAUAUUGUAGACUUGACAGAAGAAAUCCUUGGAGUACUCUCUUUUGGAAACAAGUUUGCACAGAGAUGGAAUAGCUAUUGAAACUGCAGUCACCUCAAUACCAUACCUCAUUUACUUCAUGCUGUAGGCUUCCUGAACUGUUGUUACUGACUCUGUUUCCAGAACAGCUUUAGAUUCAAAGUCAACAACUUUGUUUGGAAGAUCAGUUCAACAAAAGCUUCUUAGCAUAAUUUCUACAUGAGACUGUUAGAGGUGAAUUUAUUUGGGACUUGGAACUUAGAUCUUUUAGUUUCUAUAAGGCAAAUGUUAAUGCCUGAAAAUACACAGAAGAUAGUUUCCCUAUUUCAAUUUUUUGUCAACUUACACAUCAGUUUGCACUCAUUUAACUACUUCCUUCUAGAAGCCAUUGGAGGUAUUUGCAAGAUACAGAUGUUUAAUGCUAGAACAGACUUUGUUUCAUUUGUUCUACCUGCCACUUUGAACCAGUUGUCAUAUUCUAGCUAUAUGGUCUUUUUUUUUUCCCCCCCUUCUAAGAUCAAUCCCUCCAAAAAGAACUGCCCUUUUCUCGAGUUUCAUGAUUUGGAAACAUGCUUCUGCCAGUGUUGCAAUUAUUGACAUAACCUCAGAGGAUCAGAUCAGUCUCUUGAAUGCAGUUGGCUUUGGGCUUGGCCUAGAGUAUGUUGAGUUACUGCGCAGGAUGUAGAAAUCUCAACACGCUUUUUUUUUGUAGGUGAUCUUGGCCAUGUCUUGUGUGUAGGUUUUCUCUCUUCAGACUUUUUCCCACCCAUAUGCCUUUUUGUUGCUUUAACUUGCUAACAUUGGAGGAUAUAAAUUUAUUUAGUAGUUUUCUGAUAUUUUUCAUUUGGCUUUUUAUCCUUUUAAGAGGCAAUAUUCUGCAAAUGAUCUUUGCUAGCAAAAACAAGAGGUGGUGUAGCAGUUUUAACAUAUUCAAGAAAUAUUUAUACUUAAACAGAUGUGAAGAUGAUAUAUUAAUUUAUUUACACAGGCACUACUUGUAUGAAUCUGAAUUGUAGAUUGCUUUUUUUUCCCCCCACCCCCGCCCUUCAGAAAAAACCCUUUGUGUGGAAGAAGUAAAACAAUUGUGCUGAAAUGUGUGUCAUGGCUGUCAGUAAUCCCAAAACUGAGUGCAUAGAAUUGAUGUGUUUGAAAUGCAGGAUUCUAGUGUUUUAUAAAAUGGGUUUCUAGAAUAAGGCUUUCUGCAAUAGGUAUCCAAGUCAUAGCAGACUCUGUGAGAAAUAAUCUUUUAAUAAAGGCUUAGUGAGUACAAAUCAUGCAAAUCUAGUAAUUGAAAUAUUAAUGGAAUAAUUAGCGAUAAAUCUUUCUCCAAGAAAAAUCCUUUAUGCACUUUAAAACGUUUCAGUAACAUGAAAAUUGCUCAUGGGAGAGAGGUGGCAAUAAGAGCAUCCUGAUGAAUCUGUUGGUGGGUAAUCUAGUGAGUGACAUACUGAGGGCAGAAAUGUUGAUAGGGAAUACAAGUCAUCAAAAUCAAUUUAAGAUUAAAUCAUAUGCAUUGCAGCAAAUGAUAAUAGUGGAAACCAAAAUGUCAGGAUUUGAUUAAAUGCUUUGUAAUAGUAUUUUUUUAAAAUGUCAUUUGCCAGUGAAUUAUGAGAAUUUAAAAUAGCAUGCCUUUUGACAAUUGCAAAAUACUGCAUGCUGUGCAUUUUAAAUAAAAUGACAUUCCAAAUUUUAGUUUUUGGAGAUGAGGCUUUAUGUACUGUAAUGUGUGUAAUGGAUGACUUCGUUACAUAGUUGGGAAUGAAGGGUUAGUUAGUACCCUUGCCUAUAAUUCCUGUUCCUUCUCUUCUCAUCAGUCAUUUGUUUAUAGCCUAUUAGUGCUUAACCUAAGGGAAGACUUGAUUUUUGUCUCCCACUGCAGUGCUAAUUAGAUUUGUAGUAUAUACUUAAGACUGAACAUUAGAAAUGUGUUUAAUAAAGUGAUAUUUUUAAAGUUAAUUUCACAUAUUUGUAAAAUGUUACAAAUGUGUGGGUAGUUUCCCAAAUAACUAAUGAGGGACACUUUAGCACAUUCUGAAUGGUUUACUUUGAGUCUUUUUCUCAAGUCUGCUUCUCUAUAUCCCAGCAUGCACUCUGCUGAUGACAUAAUCAUCCAGGAAGAGCACUGGAACUUGACUUUGAUUAAGGCAAAUCCUAUUUAUCUCCUCUUCUUUCUCUAUUCCCCCCCUCCCUCCCAUAAAGCACUAUAAAGUACUGUUACUGAAGAAAAACAAAAAUUUUAAAAUCCUGGAAGGGAGGGCAAGAAUCUGAACAUUGCCUCUGGCCAUUACUCUUCAGUGAUGUAUGUGACAUCACAAGUGCCAUGUAUGCCGGACCAUCGUGAAUGGGAGUCAGUAAUCUAUAAGGGGAGUUUGUAUAUUGUGUUUCUGAAACAUCCCCAAAGGUUAGUAAAUAUUAGAAAUGUACUGAAAUGCUCCCUUAUCUACUUUAUAGAGAAACUUAAGUCCAUAAUCUUAAAGUGCAAACUACUCUGAAAAGUGUUUGUGUAAAAAAGGGUACUUGCUCAAUCAUAGCUGCUCCCUGCAUGUAUUCUGAUUCAUAUCUGCCUACUUCACUGACAAAAAUAAGAUUGUACUGCUUUUUAUUGUCUUUGCAGUGCUAUGAGAAAGGGAGCUGGACUCUGUUGCUUCUGUCAUCAACAAGAUUUACUAAAUUCCAGUUGGGUACAUCUUUGCAACCCCAUUGGAGGCUGUAGGUUUGCACAGGCAUCAUUAAGAACUUAAUUUUAUUUGCAAAGCCACUUUCAUUGGUGGCGAUGCAUGAGGAAAGACCCCAGUUUGAUCCUGAGAGCCCAGCAUGGGUUUUCAUGGCUUGCAUUUGGUUAAAACGUCUUCUACAUUGAGCACGACUUAUAACAGAAAUUGGCAUAAUAAACCUGGUACCCCAUUUUUAGUCACUUUGAGAAGGGAAUUGCACUUUAAAGUGGUAGCAAUUUAAAAUAUAUUAAAUUAUAAUACAUUUAAUUAAAUUAUAAUAUAAAAAACUUUUAACAGAUUGUUGUUAAAUGUUUUUAGUGAAAACUGUUACUCAGAUUUAAGCUACAGUACUUUCAUGGUCUAAAGAACGGGUUGAACUGGGUCCAGGAUUUGGUUUAGCCUUGUUACGGUAUUCUGAUCGGAAGCUUUUUGGGAUAGUCCUUUUCCGUGGUAGGAUAUUUUGGAUUAAAGUAAACUUGCAAAGUACUAAGGAAUUGGGUGUUUUCUUCAUGAACCAUAGAUGUGACACCUUAACUUGUCACUUAAUAUUAUCUCUGAUUUGAAAGAGUGAUAAAAUCAAUGGAGCAAGGAAUCAGCUAAAAUUUAAAAUGUUUGUUCUAGGAUUUUUUCAAUACAUUUUCCUCUGUCUCUUAAAGCCAUGGAAUAUAUUUAUUUUUAUAGAUUCUGUUGGCCUUACAGCCUUUAUUUUGCAAAACAGGAUUCAGACAACUCUGUCCAUUUAUUUUGUGGGAAAUACAUUCUCAUUAGUUGCAUGAUAUUUCAUAAUUCAAUCUGGAUGACAUUAAAGAAAUGCUGAUUGACACAAGAUAUAUUUUGAGGAAAGAGUCUAACCACUGCAACUACUGAGGGCUCACAGUUUUAAGGUCUCAUUAGAUUCCUUUUUUUUUGUUUUUUGGACUUCUAUGGAAAUUUCCUGAAUACUUUGUCUUCUGACGCUGGACAUGAGAUCGUAUGCUUUCCCCUUCAGAUGGGACCUUCACUAUGGUUAUCUAUAGUUGUAAUCUCAAGGCUAGGGACUAGUCCAACAAAGCUCUACUUGGGGCUAAUCUUGAAGGCUAUCCAGAAACUUCAGCUGGUGCAGUAUGUGUGGAGCGCUUGACAGUUAAGUAGGGCAGACUGGCAGGAGUAUAUUGUACUUGUGCACUGAACUUCAGAUUGAUUCCCAGUUCACAAUGGAAUUUAAUUCAAGAUGCUGGUUGCUAUCUAUAAAGCCCUGAAGAGUAUAAGCCUCAGUUGUCUGGUACUGUUCCACCUGGGGCCCUCAGAGGCUCAGCAUAAGCUCUUCAGCUUUUUCUGUUGCAAGGGUACAGGUCACAGGACCCCGACGUUCUCAGUGGUGUGUCCUCCUCUUUAAUACUCACACAUGCUAGAAAAGUAUGUGGACUACAUCCACAUUUGGAAUGUGACUUAGAUUAGCUUUCUGCUAACUGAAGGUCUGGAAUCUCCUGACAUUUUAUCCUACUAGCAAGUUUUUGAGAGAAUAUGAUAAAUCUAACCUUUUUGAAGUGUGUUUGAAGAAAAGGAAUGAAGACUUACCAAGAUAAGCAGUAAUGUGAAAAAAUAUGGAAACAAAAUAAAAAUGGGAAGUGGAAAAAAUUAACAUCAAAUUCAUCAUAUAGACAAUGAGAUAAGAAAUCAGGUAAUAUUAGUUUGAAUGGAAAAAUAGACCAUAAGAAAUUAUCUAACAAGGACACAGAAUGCAAUGUAGUUAAUAUCUGGAUUCUAAGCAAAAGAGAGACUGUUCUGAAACAUUUUUAUUUCUUUAAAAUAAUGAUUGGGUGAAACAGAUACUUUUUUCAGUCUCACUGGAAAGAUUUAUAUGGUGAAAACUGUCUUAGGUGACCAAUCUAAGGGACUGACCAUUUGUUUCUUGACUGAGGUGACCAGAUGAAGGUGGCACAGAUUAUUAUUUCAAAAGUUUGAGGUACAGUAGUAUAAGACAAGAAAUUGUCUAAGGUGGUCUAUCAUACAGAUUUAAUUAUUUAGCAGCCAGGGAUGGAAAAUUCCGGGCCCUACUGCUCAGUAUGAUGGAGUAAUCUCAGUGUGUGUAAAUAUCCCUCUCUCAAAGCUGUUGGCAAGCUGUUUAAGAGGUAGCGGACAGCGAGUUGUAGGAAGGGAUAUUAGUAUUGGCACUGCACUGAGGAAACUUGAGGAUUUAUUUUUCAACAAGAUCGAUUCAGAGCACACUCAACUAUGGGCACAAACACUGAAUGAAAACACUGGUAUUAUGUGAUUUGGCCACCUAAAUCAUGUAACUCAGUCCAAUAAAAGGAAUUUGGAAUGAACUGAAGGAAGUUUUUAAAAAAGGACACCUUACAGCAACAAAACAACUGAAGCACCAUCUUGUGGACACAUUAAAAGCAGUUAUCUCCCAUUAGCAAGAAAUAAAUAGCGUUCCAAAGAUCACUGCAUUAUAUUGUGAACACACCAAUAUUUAAUAGAAUGACUGGAAGAAAUUCCAAUCCUUAUCUUUUCAGAUUGUCUAAACUUCUGUGGACAAAGUGAAGUGCCCAGUUACAUAACUUUUUGCAAAUCCCUUUAAACCAUUAAUUGUACUAAGUGUCAUGUUCAAGGAUUUGACAUUUAUUUAAAUAACAUGGAGAGGAAAAACCUUGUUCGUAGCAAGUACAGCAGCAGUUUUCCAGGCUACACUCUGUGCACUUUUGAGGGCAGAUUCUUUCUCUAACACUGCUCAAAACCACCAAGAACCAUUCAGGGAGAGGCUCUUAUUCCCUGUUUAAAGUUUUGUACUGAUAAAGCAUAUGGACAAAAUUCUGUAUUUCUAGUAUUUGUUAACAAAAUUGUUAUGAGGAAGUAGAGCUAGGGAAAGAGUCUACUGAUUAAAUUAGCGAGACAGUUCCAUGCUCUCAUCUGACCUAAGACAAAGUUGAUUUUCUAACCCAAAUUGAAAGUGGAUUUAUUAAAGAAAGAUUUAUUUUAGGAUAAUUUCAAAUCUUAGAGCAGAAGAAAACAUGCUUUCCUAGUGUGGGAGAAAAUAAAUGUGGCAACUAUAGUUUGAAAGGAGAUUAUGCAAAAAUUUGGUUUAUUGAAGUGGAAAUGUGCUAUAUUGAACACGAAAAUUCAUUUGUUUAAUCAUGACCAACACUACAACAAAUCUGAAAGCCAUCACUUUGGACCUCUUCACUUAUGUGUCUGGAAGAGAUCUUUCUAUUGAGAACCCCAAAAUCAGUGUCUUAUGUUUCUCCAUGUAACCACAUCAAUCUUUCAAACAAAUGCAUGUUCCCACUAUUCUGAAGCUUUCUUGUGAUGCUUUUUAUUUUGCUGUAUUUCAGUUACUUUAAGUCUGAGAAUCAUGCUGACUGACAGGCAUAGGCAUCAUAUUAAUAAAUAUUUAUCUCUG